UUCAGAUACACGUUCUGUCCUUCAUCAGAUUUCUUGGUCUUUGGCCUCUCGACCUCUGAAUCGAUAUGGCAGGUACUUACACCCCGCGACCAGAAAUCGCAGCUUUGGUGGAAAAUGUAAACAAAGCUGCAGCUGGCUAUGAAGCCGCAGCUGAAGGUGACGUCCACGUUGCUCGACGAAAUCUUCAGCUAGAGGCUCGAAAACUUCUCUACUCAUUGGAAGAGCCCAAUUCAGAGGUUUGGCCUCGAAUCUUCCAAGUCAAUGUCAGCGCCGCAGUCGAGAUCGUCUCGGAUCUCGAAUUAUGGGAGAAGUUCGAAGGGGGAGGGGAAGUUUCUAUAACAGAAAUGGUGGAGCUCACCAAAGCAGAUGAAAUCAUAAUUAUCCGCAUAUUUCGCCAACUCGUAGCCGCAAAUCUUUUCAUCGAAUCCCCAGGCCCAAGCUUCAGGCUCACUUCUCUCGGAAAACCGUAUCUACAUCCCGACCACCGCGCAUUUAACAAUUUCAUGUUCUUUGAUAUUAUUCCAGCCAUUAUGGCAAUGCCACGAACACUGGCAGAGCAUCAGUAUAAAGCACCUACGAAAGAGACAGGAACGCCAUACAAAUGGGCCCACGGUGAAGAACUCUGGACCUGGCUAGGCUCCCAUCCUGAUCGAGGAGUCAUCAUGGUUGCCGGGAUGCGGUCGCAUAAUCCGAUGGAUGCUUAUCCAUGGGGUAUUGAACUUGCAAAGCUGGAUCUGGAUGAUGAUGAUGUAGCAAUUGUCGAUGUUGCUGGCGGCCAAGGUCACAUCAUGGAUGGAAUCCGCAAGGAGAACCCGAGGAUGAAGGGGCGAUUUAUUGUCCAGGAUUUGCCUUCAACGUUCGACGUUGUGCCUUCACCGCCUGACAGAGUAGAGUUCAUGGUAUAUGAUAUCUUCACUCCUCAGCCCGCCAAGGACGCCUACAUCUAUCAUUAUCGCCAUAUUUUCCAUAACUGGAGUGACGGUGAUUGUACUACCAUUUUGGGACAAAUUGUGCCGCUGCUGAAGACACAGCCGAAAAGCAAAUUACUUUUGGUUGAUGUGGUGUUGCCGAACUCAAAUGCUACGAUGCAGCAGGCGAUUAUGGAUAUAACAAUGUUUCCGAUGGGAGGGAUGGAGAGGAAUGAGAGUCAGUGGAAGGAGUUACUCGCAAAGAGUGGUCUGGGGAUUAAGAAGAUUUGGAGAGGAAGUGAACCAGAAGCAUGUAUCGAGUGCCAAUUACUGUAGAGGCUUUUGCUAUUAGAACUACCUUCUAAUCCCCAAUUUCCUA